AUCAAGCAACAUUUUGUCAGUUCGUUUUGCGUGUUUCAGUUGUGCGUGUUAAUUUUGUGAAUUUAUCUCGGAGAACGUUAAAUAGUUUGCAUACGUAAUUGUAAAGUGAAUAAGACAAAAAAGAUUCGUUGCGGAUCUUAUACGCCGCCACGGUGUUUUUGUUUACAUUUUUAUUAUGCUGUUGCACGGUUGUGGUGUCAAGCAAAAAUCCAACAAUUCGCGACAUUUAUGUGUCAAUUAUUCUCUGACAGUUAAUGAUCACUACAAGUACCAGCAUUUAAGUCUUUUGUACACACACACACACAUACAUAUAUAAAUGAUAAUGAGUUUAGCUAUAUAUAAUAUGUAUGUAUAUGCAAGUGUGUUGUUUCAGUUGAGACUCAAUGGAAAAUAUUUCAUAGAUGUAUUCAUAACGAAAUUAAAAGAAGGAGUGAAAUACUAGCAAAUGAAGUUUAGUGAAAGAGAAAAGUGUCAACCGAAAUACGCCAAAAGCAAGCGAAAGCACUAGCCGAUUCAUUGCAACGUCCGUUUACUUCGGAUACAAAUAUCUUACAUUUGUUUUUUUGCUGCUAAAAUUGUGUUUGCGUUUUACUUUUUUACCGCAAUUUAUCACAUUUUUAAUUGCUUUCAACAUAAAAUUCAAUUAAAUCUACAAAUUGCUCCGUUCGCCCAGCAUUUGUUAACCGAAUGCGAGCUAAACGAAUGAUAAUUGGAAGUGUCACGCUACUUUAUGAAAAAGGUCAAUUACAAACCACACAUACGUACAUAUAUUACGUACAUAUAAGUGUGUGUGUUUAAAUACAUUUUUUGUGCAAUCGUAUUUGUAAUGUGUCUUGAGUGUGCUUAAGCUAAUUUUGCGAAAACUCAAGCCGUGAGUGUAUGUGUAAAUAUGUAUACAAACAAUUGUGAUCGUUUUGUGAGCAUCGCUGCGGCACAACAAAUACAACGCCCACUCGUCAAAGGGCGCCAACGGCGAACAUUUACGCUCGCACCCACAACACGCAUAAACACAAGCAAAGGAUGCAUCCCCUCUUAUAGUACUCACCGUGAGAAAUGUCGGCGAAAUACAAAUACAAGAGCUAUUCUCUCGUAUGCGAUUCGUGUUCUGGCGGCAAACAGUAGAAGCGGUUUAUUUGGCCUCCUUUUGGUAUUUGUUUGCACUAAUUUCGUCGAUUUGGUAAAGGCGCGCGCGGCUGGCAUGGACAAUGUGGCGGCAGCUACAUUAAUUACAACAACAGUUUUGCAUGCAAAUCACAAGCAAAAUCAUCGCAGCGCAAUGCUGUACGCACGCAAUAAUUUUACCGAUCUAUCAGAUAUAAGUUCGAUGGAUUUGAUUGAUGGAAAAGGUGGCUCUGGCGUCGACAUAGAUGAUAGUGGCAGCAUGCCAGAUGUUGCAGUGCCAUCGGAGGCGCGCGCGCCCGACCCAAGAACCAAUGCAGUAAUUCCGCCUACAAAUCGUGAGUGCCAGCAAAGUGCUACGCCCAGUGUACCCUCUCUCAGCAACAACCGACAACCUCCAACAGCUGCAGCUGAUCAGCUAAGUAAUCCACGGCUAGCAGCACCCGGUUGUCGAUUAAGUUUCAGUAUUUCCCCUCUCGUGUCAAAGUAAUGUUGACAAUUAUUUUCGCAAGAAAUGAACUCACGAACUAGCAACUCGCCGCAACUAUGCGGGCGCAUAGACAAUGCAACGCAUUCAUGGGCAGAGAGAGAAGAAAAAAUAAUUACUGUUAUAGAAAAAACAAAACAAUUACAAAAACACAAAUGUCAAAUAAGAGCGCAAAAAAUGCUGAUGACUUUUGAACUGUGAGGACAGCGGACAAUAUUGUUCCCACCAACACAGCGACACCGAAAGGGAUUAUUAUAACGAAAUGUGUAUGUAUGUGUAGGUAGAAAAGUAUGUGUGUUGGAUAUACUUGCAGUUUUGUAUAGCUUCAUGUUGGUGUAUUUAAAAAUCUGUUUGUACCUCUUUGCAACGGCUGUUCUCGCUUUCACUGCUACUUCUCCUGCGGCUGCUGCUGCUGCCCAUCACAUCCUCAGUGCUGGCGCAUUGCUUGCAGCAACCUUUCAUCUUUGCGCGGACUCUUCUGGCUCUUCUUCUUUUGGCGGUACACAAUUGCUGUUUCGCUGUUUAUGGCCCGCGCAUAGAAUAGUCUGUUUAACAGCAAAAUGCAUGAGAACAACAAGAACAGCAACAGCAUGUGGCAACAUCAAGAUUCAACUUGGUGUCUGCUUUUGGCAGCAAUCUAUGUAUGUCUGCUACUAUGAGUACAUGUAAGUAUGUAUGCACGUACACAGCACAAAGAUCAAUGACUCCUAACUCUUGGCUACAGCCACCGACUAAACUCAGAGUACAGCGCCCGUAUCCGCGUCCAAAGUGGAAGUGUGCAAAGAAGUUGCCGAGUCUGUUGGUGCGGUGCUGGUACUUUUGGACUACUCGAAUUCUCAUAGUUGGCAGUGAUUUUGUUGACGAAGUUAGUGGCAGCGGUGCUGAUGACGCGCACUUCUGUUGGUGACGACAACACGGCAACUCACAGCAACAACUUGGCCGCUUAUUAUAAUGAAGUUUCUUAUUGUUUUUUGCUGCUAGUUAGUGUUUUAUGGCCUAUGUUGUUGAAUAUGUUGUUAGAUGCAAUGAACUUGCAGAUACGAUUAUGCGUGUUUCGAUGUCUUAAGUUUUGGUGUUGCUCAAUGUUUGUUUACUUGUUGCUGCACGUGUGUAUGCGAUAUUCACAUAUACAUAUGUGUACCCAAUUGUAAUUAUGUGACAACCCAGCAGGAAAAAUUUGAAUAGUCUCACUUUUAUGAAUUACUUUUGUUUCAAUUAA